AUGGACGACUGGUAUCGAAAUGGUACCCUCCUGAAUUUCUCACUUUCACUCGUACAUCCCCUGCCCCUCCUGCUCUUCCUUGCUUCCUUUCAUCAUCAGAAGUGGACUGCCGAAGAAGAGGCAGCCCUUAAAGCUGGAGUGCUUAAGCAUGGCACUGGAAAAUGGCGUACAAUCCUUGUGGAUCCUGAAUUUAGUGCCGUCUUGCGUUUGCGUUCCAAUGUUGAUCUCAAGGAUAAAUGGAGAAAUAUAAAUGUGACUGCAAUAUGGGGUUCAAGGAAAAAGGCGAAGAUCGCACUUAAAAGGAGACCACUGACUCCUAAGCGCGAGGAGAAUGCAAAGGCUCUCAGCACUGUUGUUCAGACCAAUGAAGAAGUUGUUGAUGCUAAGCCUCUCGCAUUUGCUAGUGGGACACCAGGGAAUGGUGGUCCAAAAGACCUGCUUGCAAGGUUGGAUAAUCUAAUAUUAGAGGCUAUUACGACUUUGAAGGAGCCAACGGGUUCUGACAGGGCUUCAAUUGCUUUGUACAUACAGGAGAAAUACUGGGCACCCAUGAAUCUCAGAAAGAUAUUGGGAGGAAAACUGAAGCAUUUGACUGCCAAUGGAAAUUUGAUUAUGGUUCAGCACAAGUACAGGAUUGCACCUAGUUCAACAUUUUCUGAAGGAAGAAAAAACCAUGCCCUCCCAGAAGGAAAACGGAAGGAUGCCUUAAAAUUAGAGAAGAGUAAGAACAAAAUCCUUACUAAAGCCCACGUUGGUAGAGACCCAUCAAAGAUUCAGGGGAUGACUGCCUUGGAGGCUGCUGCAUCUGCUGCAAAGGCAGUCGCAGAGGCAGAAUCUGCAAUUGCAGAUGCUGAAGCAGCUGCAAGGGAGGCUGAGAAAGCAGAGGCAGAGGCAGAAGCAGCACAAGUUUUUGCCAAAGCUGCGAUGGAGGCAUUUAAGCUCCGGGCACGUCAUACCUGGUGGCCAUUUGUUUUCAGAAUGAGGAUCAUGCCUGCAAUGAUCUGUUCUGCAAUCGGGCAGGAAUGUUUCUCUGUUAAUUCUUCAGGGAAAUUGAAAUUCUUAAUUACUUUUAUUCAUUCUUUUUCUUGAAUUUCUUUAUUUAGUCUUGCCAAUACGUUUUAAACCCUUAAAUGAUUAAACAGCAAAAUGAUCAUUUGUGAAGUCACCUUUCUUUAUUCCCCCCCCCCCUCCCCUGGAUAAUAAAAAUUGCAUUUUUUUAAACCCUAAUCAUCAAAGCCCUAACUUCCGUGAAACCCUUUCUCUGCCACCAGGAUUCAACAGUAUGGCAAGCAAAGAAGUGCAA